CUACAUCACAUUGAUGGUAGAACAUAUUUAAUUUAGCCGCUUUAUAAAAAUCCAGUUUGCCAUUGUAAAAUUUUCCCCAAUCAGCCAGUUUACUGUCAGUCACAGUCAGUCAAAUAAAGCAGAUGAAUCUUUUGUUGUCGAGAAUCUUGAAUAAGAAACCAAUUUGAGGGUAAAAAGAAAAUAAAAACCUCAACCCGCUGUGCACAAUGCAAUAGAAAAUCAAGUUUCUGCGUUCAACCAGCCGCCUGAGCGGAUGCGAGGCCGUUGCGUAUUUAACCGAGACCUGAUUCGUAUCUGCUGUAAAGAGGAUUUACACAACAAUGGCGUUCUCGAUAAGGAAAAUAUUUUCGAACAUCAAUUACUUCAAAAAGGGCGAGGAAGAUGAGGCUGGGGGCAAGAAGCGGCGCCACACGACCAGCUCGUCGUCUGGAGAGCCCUCCUCCGCCGGCCCGGAGGCCCCCGAGCCCGACUCCACGUCCAAGGCCUGCGCCACAAGCCUCAACCUCCCAGAAUCUAUCAAGACUUUUGCCGUCAAAAAAGGUUCGUUAUCCGACACUGACCUCCUUAGCAUUAACCUGAAGACUCCUUGCAAGAAAACUGUUAAACACAAAACCAAGAAAUUGAGGUUGGAUAUCAAAAGGGCUAAUAAAUCUAUGAGUGAGGCCAAUGUUUCUACCCAAGGGUUCCAGGGGUUUGAGAAUUUGAAUGUAGAGAAUACACCAAAACAUAUAUUACUGGGUUGCACGAGCUCUGAUGCAUUCAGUGAGAGAAUGAAGGAGUUUGAUUUUAAUAAAUCCUUUGAUAUCUUCGAUGCCAUGUCUGAAGGCUGCCCUAGGACACCUUGUGAGGAGAACUUUGACAUUGAGUCUCUGUCUGAACAGUCUGAGUCUGAUCUGUCAUUAAUAUCUGAUAAAAAAGAGACGUCACCUAUCAAAAUGUGCCGUAAAGUGGAGGAUCUACAUAACAGCAGCACCAGCAUAGAGUAUGAGACCAUAGACACCAGGGCGCUACGCUCCACUACGCCCGAGUCAUUCGGAGACGUAGAGCUGGAGAAAACUGAGGAAGACCGCAUAACGCUGCUGCUGUCGUACCAGACAAAGCUUGAAAAGAUGGACUGCUUCCUGAAAAACCUGCUCACAGAAUUCCAGUUCCACAUUGAAGUUUCCAAGAUAUUCCAGUCCCGCACCGUGUCCAUACCUGACGCAGCAAAUCAUGCGAAAAUCCUCAGUGAGAUCACCUGCUUAGACAACGUCAGUAGAGGCGUCAGCCCCACCGGUUCCUGGAACAUUAUUCUGGACAAAGAUGAUGCUCUGACUAAGUUCAAACUGAAGAAGCAGCUGCUAUCCAUGAAACAUACCAUAGACGACUUCAUCACCAUGUAUUUACAGAACCAGAAUAUACAGGAUGACCUGGAAGUCACAAUGAAGCCGAAAAAGUAUCCACACCAUCGCAGCAUUGCCUAUGACGUUCACAAAGGAACCAGACCCACUAAAAAGCAUUUGCGUGUCAGCAAGAAGAAGAAGUCAAGGCGGUUCAAUGACUUUCCUGAUCUCAAAGAGGCUUUAACCAAUCUGUUCUCCUUAGAUUGUGAUCAGACAUACACAGAGCUGAAUGUGUCACCAGAAAAAGCUGCAUUGAUCAGUAAUGAGGAAGAAGAAAAUGGCAAGUGCACUUGUAAGUGUCGGUACCACAGUUCCCCUUCCCAGGUAGACUCGGGAGUCACCACAAAGGAUGAAGACUGCUCCAGCCAGUCCAUCACCUCGUCCAUCGGCAACUUCAGUCUGGACAACUCGUCCCUCACAGCGUACUCGGAGUCUCUAGACCAGUUCAGCUACAACAGCUUCCAAGAUACCACAAUCAGCUCUCUGCUUGUGAAAAGCUCUAUGGAGCGCAUCAAGUUCUACGUUCAAGCUCACAGCAUCCAGCUGAAGAAGGAGGACAGUGUAAAUGAUUACGAGUCAAAGAACAUAGUUACGUUCUUCUGUCCGGCUUGCCACGUGCCUGAGAGCGAUGAGCACAACCUUCUAAAACACAUCCUAAGCCAGAAGCACUGCGAGAAGAUCCACUUUUUGUACAAAACUGCGUACAUCAAGAAGUGUUUCGCAGCUGGAAAGGAGAUCCAGCCGAGCACAGUGCUGAAUCCGAUGACGAUGUACCGUGAUGACAACAAGAUCGUCUGCUUCGGUGAUGCUGUGUAUGCUUGCUCUCUCUGCUUUGAGAACGAGAUAGUUGGUGAGUCGGUGCUGAUGGGCCACUGCUCCGAUCCCGACCACAUCGAGCGCAGAGACAUGCUGGCAGACCUCGAGGAGUAAGUGCAUGAUUAAAAAAAAAAACUCUUUUGCAUGCAAUAUCUGUAAUCAUGUAUUUAUUUGUGUAGAAAUCUUUUAGUAGUUCACAUAUUUUGUCUUAGAUCCAAUCAUUUUCUUGGUCAUGUAAUUUUACCACCAAUUAAAUCGUUAUUAGCGUAGUUCAUAAUUGUAUGUAACUGUACCGCGAUCAUAAUUCAUUCUUCAAUUAAGUAUGGUGCUAUUUUUUCGAUUCCAAUGAGAGUGUGCCCUUUUCCACGCGGUUGUUUUAUUAAAAUGUGAAAUUGGCAGCCUCUUUGUGUGCUAGACUGAAAUAAUUGUGUUCAAUCUUAAAAAAUAUGGUCCUGUCCAAAGUAAUAAAAAUAGUUAAGUAGUAAGUGCGAAAAUGGUAAAACUGCCUUGCUCAAUAAUAAAUUAAAAAAUAAUACCAAGCAAUAAUUUGUUUCCAUGUGAAAGAAAUCCACAGGGUGUUAUUUUUUUGUUUACCCUAUAAGAUUCUUACACAUUUGUAAAAAAAACUUCUGUGUUCAUUAAUACUGUAUUCUUGACUUUAGAUGUAAGUUAAAUAGGUAUUAAUUUCUUCGGUACAUCUGAGAUGUAAAUUUUCAUAUUUCGAUAUACCCUAUAAGACUAGCUUCUGUUCUAUCUAUUCUCUGUUCUACAUCUAUCUCCUUUUUAAUAUUAUCUAAGUAUAUUUAGAUGUAUGUUAUCUAGUGUAGGGUUAACAUUAAUAUGCUAGUGUUAAGGAGUAAUUUAUCCGCAUUUACAGAAGUGUGGCAACACUUGAAAUCUACAUUUUAAAAAAUAUUAAAAUACCUAUUGUCUGAAUGAAAUUUAGGAUUUUUUAUAAUUAUAAUUACAAGGGAACAGAAAGUAGGGUACGCACAAUAACUAUUUAAAAAACACAUAAGUAGGUAUUAUUAAAACUUUAAAGAUUUGGUAUCUUUAUAAUUUACUUUUUUAUUCAAUAUAAUAUUUUGUCUUGUCAACAAGUGUUGCCACAGUACGCCGUUCAUUACCUUGUUCAUAGAUCUCACUGUAAAAUGCCAGUAGACGCCAUAUUUCAUAAUGAUCCUCAAAAGCAACUCAAAAAGACUGAUGUUAGAACUAAUUUUGUUUUCCGAAAUAAUGUUCUGAAGAAUUGUUAUAUCGUAAUAUUCGUGAACAUUUAUUAUUACUUUCAAAAGACCACGACUGGUUUGAUUGUGCCACAAAAAACCGCCUCUUGUUCACAUACUUAGGACUAUAAUCGUAUUUCUAACUUAAGUAAAACUAGAAAUAUUAAUUGUUAUUAAUGUAAUUUAAUUGUAGAACUGCAUAGAGGUAUUCAACUAAAAGUUUGAUUUCGAAAAACCAUUAUAAAUAAUAAUCGAAAUUCACCCGCAGUUCAGUUCCAUCGAAUAAAUUGAGUAAAAAAAAUGUGAUAUUAAAAUAGCCUAUCAGGAGUUUUUGAAAAUAAAGAAGUACUUAUUCGAGAAUCUUAAAUUAUACGAUAGCAAGCAAGACUGGACAUCCAAAUUCAUAUAUCAAUUAAUAUACGCGUAUAAUAUAUUAAUAAAAAUUAAAAAAAAAUACAAAAAAAACUAGGUAAUGCUUAAUUUUAUAGCAAUGUAACACUUGUAGCUGCAUAAGUAUAAAGACGAGGCUCGACUAUUAACGAAAUGUCUGCAUAUUAUCUGUUUAGCCGCAACACAAUGUACUUACCGUGAAUUCAACAAUUUUAUUAAGUAGUUUAAUUUUAUACACGACACAUAUUUAAUGCAGGCCAUUUUUUACAUUUAUUUAUUAACAUAUUUUUUACUUAUACAAAUACAUUCUCAGAAAAAUAAUACACCGAGGGCUUCGUAAUCUUAAGGUUAUAACUAAGUACUUAUAAUAAUUACAAGUUAGUGAGCCUUAAAAUUACUGUAAUAUUUCUGAACUUUAAAGGUUUUUUUUCAUAUAUUGUAGUCACGUAACAUAAUAAACUAGUUGCCCAAUUUUUAUUCACUAUUUUAUUGUUAAUAUUGUAAAACUGAAUCUUAUACAUUAAAAUAUAUUUGUCAUUCGUACACUUAUACAUAUAUUUUUUCAAUUUUUUUUGUAAUUCUUUCAAAACUUAAAAUUCUAUGCUGGUGUGCCACUUAUUUUAUAAAGAUUAUGUAUUCUCGUGGAAACUUCAAAGAGUUUUAAGUUCAGAGGGAUCCAAGUUUAGUUUUUUCCCUCUGAAUCAGGGCUGAAGAUAUAUUUCGUAAAUGUUAUAUUCUUACUUUUAAGUUAAUCUAUUUCCCAUUUUGUAAGUGGUCUCAUUGCUUUAAUAGUUGUUAUAACAAAUAGCUGGAGAAUGCAAAAACUGUGAUUACUGUUGAAAAGGUUCCAAAUUGUUAUAGAAAAAAUUACGGUUUACCUUUGCUGGCAUCCUUGAUCACAACUAAUCAAUAGAAAGUAAUUUAUUUGUUGUUAAAAAUUAUAAUCUUACCGCAUGUUUUUGUCUUAACAUCAAUUUGUAGUACUGUAGUAACAUGUAUGACGUUCUACAAGCAAAAAUAUCUUAUAGUAGGUUUCGCAAUACAAAUUAAAUAAGAAUAUCAUCGCACAACAUGUAGUAACGUAGAUUUUAACAUUAAACUGCAAUAAUAAAUA